GUUUGUUCAUUUGUAAUCGCAGACAACACUGCACGCUGUGCCGUACUGCCGUUUUACACAUAUGACAUAACAGAGAGUGUGCCGUGUGCGACUGCGGGCAGCAAAAGCAAUCUUAAGAUUCUAAAUUGGGAAGCACCCCUUCAAAACUACCAACGACCAUAUAAAAACAGUUAACUUAGCAAACCAAAAAAAACUAAACUCUUUCCAAUCAUUAGUUUGCUGGCUCCGUUUAUUGCGGUGUAGAGAGAGCAAAUCGCAGUCCCACACUAUUGGAAAUGGCGAGGAAUCAAAAUGAGAGCAAUAAGAGAGCAGGCACCUUCUUUGUAGCGACUCUUAUCCUGUGGUUUACAUCAGUUCUGUUUGAGAUACUCUUCAAUAAACGCAGAGAGCUGUCUUGGAUCAUCGCCGGAACUUUCUUCUUCCAAAUUGCCAAUUGGGCUAUUCGAUUUCUCGUCUCUCGUGACCCUCUCUUUGUCAAUACUUCAGUUUCUUUACUCCACUCCACUAUUACCUCUGUUUCAGUCGUAUUCAUUGUAGUUCACCAGUUUCUAAGAGAUGGUUCGAGUGGGAUGUUUGAGCAUUCACAGCUCAUCGGAGGUACUUGGCAGUGGGCAUACCCUACUUUGUGUUUCUCAUGUGGUUAUUUUGCUUAUGAUCAGUUGGAUAUGCUGCUUUAUCGAUUAUACAGUGGCUUGAUCCCUUCCAUACUCAUGCACCAUCUCAUACUUCUCAUUUGCUUUACGCUCGCUUUAUAUCGGAAUGUCACCGUCAACUACCUUAUUCUCACCCUGAUUUGUGAGUUGCAUUCGAUCUUCUUACACGUGAGGAAAGUGCGACGGAUGGUUGGUAUUCGGGAUACCGAGAGCAAAAGAGUGAAGUUAGAAUGGGUACUUAAUUGGGGAACUUUCAUUUUUGCAAGAUGUUUAUGUCACACCCUAAUCACGGUCAAGCUACUUAGAGAUGCUUCCAAGUUUGAAAAAGGUGUAGAAUUGCCACUUGCUUUAUUUGGAAUGGCUGGAAUGAAUUUUCUGAAUGUUGGUCUUGGGAUUGAUCUAUUGAAAGCUUUUAAAAGAGAGAGAUAGGCUUUGAUAAGUAAUCAUAAUCGUCAUGAAUAGCAAAAAGAAGAUGGAAUUAAGUGUAUCUUAAUUUGUUAUUUGUUUGUUUAAAUUGUUAUAUCGUACUACUAUAUUUCUGUAAUUUUCAUCUAACGUAAGAAAUGAGCAUAGUAAUUAGAAGAA